GUAAAGAAGUCGAAAACAGAUGCAGCCGCGGCCUACGACCAAGUUGAUAUCAACGUUUCAGACGAAGAGGCUUUUAAAGAUGAUCCACGUUGGAUACCCAACAUGAAUGCCUUUAAUCAAGCAUCACCGGUUCAAGUCGUAUGGAAAGGUACACCUUUGAACAUUCAAUCUAUGCCUUACUACAAUUUGUUACAUCCCGGUGAAGUAAAUAUAGCAUCUACUUUACGUCUAACCCCAGAACAGUAUUUGAAAUGUCGACGAGCUCUUAUUCUUGCCGCAAGAGAAUUCGAUAAAUUGCAUGUCAAUUUCAGAAAAUCUGACGCACAGAAGUGUGUACGCAUUGACGUGAAUAAGACAAGUACAUUAUGGGGCGCAUUCAAGAGAUUAGGAUGGUUCAAUCCG